UUUUUUUUCUUAAACAUUCCUUUUCCUGGUCUCCCAAGAUGGCGGCGGCUCUUCUUCAAAGUGGGGCGGACGCGAAGCCGCCUGGUUGGGAGAGUAAGCGGCGGAAUCGGGUGACAGCUCCGCUGCUGAUGCUGUGGGGAGCUGCUGCAGCCGCCGCCUGGGCGUCUCUUGCUGCGGCGUCGGCUCCUCCGGAACCCGAGGCGGCGGAGAGCCGAGUGUGGGAGCUGAGCGGCACCAACUGGAGCCUCCUGCUGCAGGGCCAGUGGAUGGUGGAAUUCUAUGCCCCUUGGUGUCCUGCAUGUCAGCAGAUGGAAUCUGUAUGGGAGGCUUUUGCAAGAAAUAGCGAAGAUCUUGAACUCAAUGUGGGCAAGGUUGAUGUCACUGAAGAACCAGGUGUAAGCGGUCGAUUUUUUGUCACUACACUUCCCACUAUUUAUCAUGCAAAGGAUGGAGUUUUCCGCAGAUACCGCGGCUCAAGGACACUGGAGGAUCUACAGGGCUAUAUUCUGGAGAAAAAGUGGGAAGCUGUAGAACCUGUGGCAGGAUGGAAGUCCCCAUCAUCUAUAGUGAUGCAUGGAAUGGCAGGACUCUUCCAUUUCUCUGGUUGGAUCAGGCAAAUUCAUGACUACUUAACUGGCGCACUUGGAUUGCCCAUUUGGGGCUCUUAUGCAGUUUUUGUAUUAGCCACCAUAUUGAUUGGUCUGAUACUGGGUCUGAUACUGGUUUUACUUACAGACUGCAUUUAUCCACCCAAGUCCAAUGAAGAAGCUUCUGCCUCUAGUGAUGACAAGACAGAAGAAGAAGAAAUAUUAGAACAUGCAGUAGUAGAGCCAACUGCAGAAAAGGGUUUAUCUAAUGGAGAAGAUGAAAAAGAGGGAAAAGAUGAGGAAGAUGGAAAAGAUGAGUCCCAGGACAACUCCUCAAAUGACUCUGCAGUCGAAGGAUCUGAGCCAGAAGAUGACUUGGCGUGCCAAGAAUCUGACAAAGUAGAAAAGAGCUCUCUAAGGCAACGUAAAAAUCAGGUGGAGGCUUAUGGACUAUAGUGCAAUUAACCAUGAAUGUACUUUAUCUGGACCAAAGAAGCAACAGGGACCCUCCUUGAUUGCAGCUGAAGCCAAACACAUGACCUGUAAACUGUUAUGGCUAAACCCAUGCAUUGUGCCAGAAGGUGGCUGUCUUUUUUUUAGGACCAGUAUUUUCUAAAGUUCAUUUUGGAAGUAUAAAUUUUGAUGUCAGGUUUAUCGAUAUGACAAUCAAACGCACAUUUUAUUUUAUAGUGAGUGCAAGAUUUGAUGAAAGGCUUUAUCUUUUAAGUGAUGCUAUAAGCAAGGUGAAAUGUGCGUUUUACACAAAUGCAAACUUUCAUUGCUUCAGUGUUAAGCAUUAACUGAUCAUAAUCUAAUAAUGCUUACAUUUUUCUUUAUUGUUUAAAACUAAUGAAAAAAAUCUGUUAAAAUCCAUAGCAGUUCCUCAGUAGAAUUAAGGCUGCACACUGGACUGUACAUGCAAAUACAUGCAGUGUACCAUCGUAUCUGAAAGGCCAAAGUGUGUCAGUUGCAUGUUACAUCUCAUGUUUAGCUGCAGUUGCCUAGUUUACAUGCAGUGUAAUCUUAUAAUCUUUAAUGAGGAUUCCAGCCCAGCCACAAGAUUUCCUUUUUGGUGUGCUGAGUUGUACCCAAGAAGAAUUUCUAAAAGAAUACACACCCAUUGUUCACUAUGUUAGCGUAUAACUGGCUAGCAUAUGAUUUGACCAACCUCUUGUCUGAAAGCUAAAGUUUGCUUUUCCUAGCUUGCUAACAAAGCAUGAGGCUCUUCAGGUUACUCAAGGCAGUUUUGCUCAUGUUGAUGUUCAGUAUGCAUUCCAGCGUGAGAUGGAUUACCACAGCGCCAAGAAAGGAAACACUGCACUUGAUUACAUAUUCCUAAAUUAAAAGAAUUUCUGAUAUCUGAAGUGAAUUCUAGAUUACUUAUUCUUGAUGACCAAAUACUCUGUUGAUCCCAAAGGGUUUACGAAGCGUGUUGCAACUACCUAUGAUGUUUAGGUUUGUUUGUUUGUCUGACUGACUUAAAGAUGGCUGUUGGACUUAGUUAAAAGAUGGCUAUUUGUUAAUAAAUGGUUAAGAAUGUUUACUGAUUUCAUACAUCCCAUAUAUUGAUUGGUAUGGUAUAGCUUUGUAAAAUAUAUUUUGAAUGUAGCAUUGUUCCUUUUCUCCCCAUAUAAAUGCUAUCUUCAGUGUAUCGGGGUGAAUUAAGUUUACAGUGUGAAACAAAAGCUCAAAACAAGGUUAACAUCUCCAUUUUUACUACUACUACUACUGUUAGCGAUUGCAGAAUUGAAGAGGAGAGUGAGGAAUCUGGAGUGGAAAUUAAAUGGCAGUUCAUUGUUAGUGGCCUGUUUCCAUGGUAGGAAAUUGUUUAAGGUUAGGUAAAUGAUAGGCUUAAAUUGCAGUAGUAGAACAGCGUGUUUGCAUUGUGUGGCAUAAUGUCAUAAGGCUCCCCUUGUGGCUCUUGUCACAGAGACCUAUAAACUAAAGCAUUUGGUAAAAUAUUUUUUGCCGCAUUAAGCUAUGGAAGCUUCACAAAUGCUGUCUUGUAUUUGUAAUUUACAGCUGGCUAAGUAGAAGAUGAUUUUGCUCAAAUAAAUCUACUGUCAAGAUGCAUUCUCAAGUUAUUUGAAAUAUCCUUCUGCACAUGCUUAACCUAUUGCAAAUAUAUUAACAAUCUCAGCUGAAUUUUGAAAGCAGAGCAUAGUUAUAGAGAUUCACUGAGAAAUUUAAAUUUAAUGUUUUGAGUGCUUCCAUUGUAUAAAGUGCACUUUUCAUAUUGCCAGUGUAAUAACAAGCAUUCUUCUUGAUUUGAUUCUGUAACUAUCCAAACAUAAUGCCUUAGGUAGUGUGUCCAAGCUUAUUUUUCAGGUGCAUGAUGAAAGAGUUGCACACUGGAAGCUGCCAUGUUCUUAAGAAGGAAAGGCGGAACAUAGGAGUCAAUUGCUUUGAGUCUGCCUUAACUGCAGUCUUAUCUGAUAAAUAAAAUGUUAAUACAUUACUCUGUCACAAGACCAGUUACACACAUAUAAUUACUAAAAGCAUUCAGUAAAAAUGUUAGGAUUAUCUAGAAACACAAGGCAACACUGAAAGUGUUUGCUAGAUGCUUUAAGAGGUGUGGGUGCACUAAGGGUAGAAUCUUCUUAGAAUGCCCAUAAUCUUACAAACACAGAGGAUUAUGGGCAACCUCUACAGGGGGAGAGGAGCAUGGAGGCAACAGUCUGCAAAGCACAGCUGUCUAUGUGCAGAGUUUUGGAGCAGGUGGGAAGGAUGCUGAGGUGUCAUCAGGAUACCCUGUAUGUUGGCAGUGCUGAUCUAUUCCCCUCCCUCCCACCCUGCCCCCUGGAAAGCCCCCACCAUCCCUUCCCCGAGGUUGUAUUUACAACCUUGGAGAAGCAGCCAGCAUGGCACUUUCCAUGUUGGCUCUGGGUACGAGAUCUGAGCUCAUAUCCCAGGCUGUAAGGUCAGAGUGAUUUUCCACUCUCAUAGCUGGGAAUAUAAAAAAUUAUCUGGCUGUCUAGCAACCAUGAGAUUGCGAUGUUUGGUUGUAAUACUAAGCGUGCAUACUUCUAAGUCCUAUUUAAGUUAAUGGAAAUGAGUUCCAAGUGAACUGGUGCAGAAUUAAAUUGCCUUGAUUUCACCGUGGCAGUCCUUAAUGCUAAAUAUUUGUCACUGCCAUCCUCAUGAAUGCAUUUUCAUGUUUGUUACAAUUUGCAGUAUUAGCUUUGGAAAUGUAGCACAAUCCUUAUUGACUGUUUCUUUUGAAGUAAGAGAAAUCUUAUUUCGUUAUCUCUUCAACAUUUUGCUAAAAAGAUAGUUUGCCAGAAUGUUUUUUGUUAGCAUGCAGAUAUGGGGACUCAUAAUAUUGCUUAAGUUAUUUUAGAACAAAGAAGACACUUGAAUAUUCCAAAUUAUUAAAAGUGGCAGUUUUCAUCCCCCACCUACACAUGAUCAAGUGCUGUUGAAAUUAUGAUCAUAUUAAGCAUUAUCUGUAAAUGCACUGUGGUCCACAGGGUUGCUUCGGAGGGUUAGCUGGUAUGGGUGUCCAAUUUUUAAAGGUGCCAAGUUUUCAACAAAUGGAGAGGAAUAGUUCAUUUAGCAAUGUUUAAAAGAAAUGGUAUUGGGUAAGCAAAGUAGUUUGCUCAAACUCUUAUUCUGAAACAUUAUUCUGGACAAAAAUGCUAUAUUAUCAAUUGUGCUUCUGAAUGUUUAGUUGAAAACAAUUUAGUUUGUGACAUGGUUCUAUGUAAAAUGAUUUAUAUUAAAAAUGAUAUUGUAUUAACUAUAAAAUAUUUAUUAAAUGUCA